AGAAUUAAUGCCAAAGGGAGCAGGGAUUGGAAGUCAGGGCUAAACAGACAUGGGGAAUUUCUUCUCAAAGACUGAAUUAGACCAAUGCUGGACUCUGGAAGGGUGAUAGUAUUAUAGAAAGGAGGUGAAAGCUGAAGAUCCUGAUAAAGCUUUGGUAUAGUAAUCCCAUUUGAUUUCUCGUUACGCUAAUUGGGCCAGAGAUUUUGUGUAAUUAGCUAUUGGGAGACUAGUUGCGAGAUGUUAAUAGGAUAGUCAUUGCUGGCUGUAAAGUUUGCUUUGUCUCUCUUUAAAAUUUUCCUUUCCGGGCGGGUUUCGUUUUAUUCUAGCAAUGUUUAUGAAGUAGAGCACCAAAGUGAAGAAAAUGUCCGAAUGUAAGUCAAUGGAUAUAUGAAGCUGAUUUCUCAUCUCUAGAAAAUUUACUUUUGGUGCCCAGUUUUUUAAAAAGGGUCUUCAGAAGGAUUUAUUAAGAAAUCUAACUGUCCAUUAUUCUUUCCUUGAAUUCAGGAUGAUUCCCUUUUCCCCGUAUAUGUAAUUUGAAUAAUUCUCUUUAGUCCACCUGUCUCUAUUAAGGAAGAUUCCCUCAAAGUUAGCUAUCAUGAUACAGACUACUAGUCAGCAAGUUAAAUUAGAAGCAGCUGUAUGUUUGCAUGACCACUAACCUAAACAACCAGCAUAUUUCUGUAGAAUUAAUACUUUAAAAAACCAGUAUCAGAAACUGGUGGUCCUAGUGAAUUUUUGAUGCCCUGCCUUAUAUAAUUGUAUAGUCCUAAAAAUGUUUUUAGGAUUAGUUUCUCAGUUAACUUAAAAUAAAAUUUAAAACUAUGUUACAAAACCCACCAAUAAAACCACCAUUGUAAAAAUUAUUUGGAAGGCCAUUUCUUUUCAAAUUUACCUAGUUAAAAUAAUACUUUUGCAAUUCUUUAAGCUAAUAUCUCUACUUUCUAAAAUAGGAAUCUUAACCUUUAUGUUAUUUUUCCUUAGGUCAAUCUGGUGAAACCCAUUGGAUUCCUUCAGAUAACUGCUUUUGUAAAUGCAUAAAAUUGAAUGCACGUGAUUAUAAAGAACUCAAUUAUAUUGAAUUAACUAUCAAAAUUAAAAAAAAAACUUCACAGAUCAGAGCUUAAGAAUCCAAAUAUUGAACUAUUUAUAGAUUUUGUUUCAUUUGUCUUUCUUUUAGAGACACCUCUUAAAAUCUAGCCCAGACACUCUUUCUGAAUGGGGAGGUGGGAAGAGAAGGGGAAAAGAAGUCUUCAGGAGAAUUACGGGAAUGAGAAUUCAAAGCUCAGAAGUAGCACCUUUGUUAUUGUUAUCCAUGCCUUGGGAAAUUGGAUGGGAGAAAUAUCCCUUUUGGGAAGGGAUUCUCUAAAGAAGCACCUUGUUUUUCGAACUGAAAUGAUGAAACUAGAGUAAAACCCUUUCCCACUUAAUGCUGACAUUCAGGUGACAUAACAGAACAGAAUUUCUGAAGCUGUGUAACUGGUCCCCUUUUGGACUGUAACAUCACACAAAAUGGGAUAACAUCAACUUCUGAGCUGAAGAGCAUUCUGUGCUUUUUUUCAUUUCCAGAUGAUUUUUUUGAAAGUAAGGGAAAAAAACCCCAAAACCUUUCUCAAAAUUGAAGGUGUUUGGGCAAACCGAAGGAAAAGGUUGGGGUGGUGAGGCAUAAACUUCCCGGAUCUUUUAUUCUGAUUGGGUUUAGAUGCUGAAUUAAAACAAAUAAACAAACAAAACAACCCCAAACCAAAAAACACAAAAAACAAAAAACCCAAGCCACCUUCUCCCAUGCCCACCCCCACCAUUUAGAUCUAUAUAUUUAUCACCUAGUCUUUACGGUUCUGGAGUUCUGAAGACAGAAUUAGAAAUUUAUUUUUUCCAACCUCAAAUUUCAGGUCUGGUAUUCCAGUUCUUUUUGUUGAUGUUAAAUUAUUUAUUUUAAUAAAGGCAUUCAUAUUUUAAAUAGGACAUAAAACAAAGGGUAGCAGACAUUGGCUGACAGCAGUCUGACUACUGAAAGCCACCUUGAGUGCUAAAGUUAGUUUGUAAUAACUAUAGUCCAAACAAAGCUGUCCUUACCCAAAUAAGGCUCUCUGAUCUCCUGUUUACACCUGGACAUUUCCAGAUAAGUGCUGGAUUUAAUAGCAGCCUGGAGUAAAUUCUGAAAAUAUUCAAGUCUAGACCCAUAAAACUCACAUCUCUGACUCAGACUUCAGAUACCAAAGGCAGUUUACAUUAUUUAUUAGGGAUGUGGAAGAAAUGCCUUGAAACAAUCUAUUUACAGUUAAGAAAACAUUUGAAACAAUUUUCCAGUCACAAACAUACUAUUAUGAUUUCUCUUCUAGAAAAAGGGCAUGAAAUUUUAAAACAAUUAUAGCUAAACUUUGUACCUUCCUCUCUCCUUGUUUUUGAAUAGCCUAGGAGCUAAAAGAAGUAUACAUUUCAGUUGAAUUGGGAGAGAUUUCAGUCUACAAAAUAUUAAUUUUGUUUUAUGUCAUAUGAAUCAACAUGGAAAUAAAGCAUUGUCGAAGGGAAGCAAUAAGAAUUUAAGUAGGAGGGAGGACUUUUAUUCUGUAUUUUUCACCGGCGACUUUAAAGACGCCCAAACAAGCACCUCUGAAGAAGAUACCUAAGCUAUUUCUCUAGAAGGAAAUGAAGACAUCCCAAAGUCGGCCAAAUAAGCAGAUCGUUUCAGACUUUAUUUAAAAGAAAAUACAAGUGCUUUUGUACUUCAUUUAAAAAGAGCAAAGGAGGUUUUGUCCACAAGCACUAGUAUUUAUUUAUUUUUAAUUGAAAAAGGUUAUAACUUUUGAAAAUCCUGAAGCUUGUGCAAUCAAUUCAAAAACUGAAGUCCCCAUUUUCCGGUGCCUGGAUGUCUGGUUCCCUCCAGUUCACACCUGCUCAGGUAAAGCCUGGCAAGCUUCAGCGACAGCUUGUGGCCAGAGAGGUGGCCCAGAGCCUUGGUCAGGGAGGGGCGUCUGACACCUCGUGGGAGUCGCCCCGCCCCUGGAGCUUCAUUGGUCGUUUGGGUGUAGAAAGGGGAGCAGUUGAGGGGAGGACUCUCGCAGUGUGGCGGUGGCAGUUGGGGGCGCUGGUUCCUGAGGUGACUUGGUCCCUGCAGUCGGGGCUUCCUAAGAGACCGAUAGAUUUUCACUGGCCGUCGCACUCUCCAUCUUGUCUCCGACUGGCCACGGGGGUAACCGUCGUGUCCCGGCUGAGGGCGUGGGGGCGCGCGGUCUGGGCGGGAGAGCCAUGAGCAGCCCGGAUGCGGGGUACGCCAGUGACGACCAGAGCCAGGCCAGGUGUACGCUGCCCAUGAUGAUGGCCGGGAUGGGCCCCUGCCCUUGGGCAGAGUCUCUGAGCCCCCUUGGGGAGAUGAAGGUCAAGAGCGAGUCCGGGUCGGGCCCUGGGACCGGGGGCAGCGGGACCGUUGCAGCUGUGGGCACUUCUGGCCGCGGUAAAGGGGAGUCCCGCAUCCGGCGGCCCAUGAACGCGUUUAUGGUUUGGGCCAAGGACGAGCGCAAGCGUCUGGCGCAGCAGAAUCCCGACCUGCACAAUGCCGAACUGAGCAAGAUGUUGGGGAAGUCCUGGAAGGCUUUAUCUCUGGCUGAGAAGAGGCCCUUUGUGGAGGAGGCUGAGCGACUACGUGUCCAGCACAUGCAGGACCACCCCAAUUACAAAUACCGACCUCGGAGGAGGAAGCAGGUGAAGAGACUGAAAAGAGUGGAGAGCGGCUUCCUCCAUGGUCUCCCCGAGCAGCCCGGCUCCGGCCUGGGUCCAGAGGGCAGAGUGUGUGUGGACAGCUUGGGACUGCCAUUUCAUGAGCAGGCCUACCACCAAGGUCAGGGAGUGCUCCCUCCUCAGAUGGGCCACUACCGGGACUGCCAGAACCUGGGUCCAGCUCCCCCUCAGUUUGACAGCUACAAUCUGCCUACCCCUGAGGCUUCUCCCAUGGAUGGCAUGGAACCAGAUGCAGCUUUCUUCACCUCUUCUCUUCAAGGAGACUGCCAGACAGUGCCCUACAGCUAUCCUGUGUCCUCUGAGUACUCUGUGCAUGCUGAGCCUCACUCGGGUCCUAUGCACCACAGACACAUGCAGGAACCUAUGGCCCACUCGUUGCAGGGUCUGAUGGGCGCCUCCAACCCUCUGCAUAUGUAUUAUGGUCCCAUGGGCUCUCCCCAGGCUGGGGGCAGUGUCCGAGGCUUCCAGAUGCAGCAUCAGUCAGGAUCUAGUCAGCCCUCUCCUCCUCCAGAGGCUCUGACCUGUAGGGAUGGCCUGGAUGGCAACCAGCCUGCUGAGCUUCUUGCAGAGGAGGACCGUACAGAAUUUGAACAAUAUCUGCACUUUGUGUGCAAACCAGAAUUGGGGCUAAGUUACCAGGGACAUGACUCUAGCCUCCCUUUACCUGACAAUCAUGGGGCCAUUUCCUCUGUUGUGUCUAAUGCCAGUUCUGCAGUAUAUUACUGCAACUAUCCAGAUGGGUGACACAUCUCCCACUCUCUCCUCCAGCCUGUGGGCCAGCAGCAUAAACAGUGUUACACACUUCCUGCAGGAGCUAAGGAAAUCCUUUCCCUCCCCCUCCCCUUCUUGUGUUUUCUGUGUUUUUUUUUUUAAUUGAAACUUGUCGUGGCACCUAAUUUAUGGUAAUUUAUUUGACUAAUUUUAGCAAUUUCCUAAAGAAAAUGCAGGGUUUUGGGGGUUCAUUCUAUCAGGGAUUUGCUCUCAAUAGUUUUUUCCCCUCGUUGUUAUUGUCAAAAUUGCCAUUUGUAAAUUGGACUUUACCUGUUCUGAGUAAUGUGACCCAAAAUGCCACCCAUGCUAUAAAAAUUCAUAUUGUUAGUGAAUAUUUUUGGCUUUUUAUUAAUACUUAAAAUAAAGUCUGAAAUUUACUUUUC